AUAUUGGAUCAGUGCAAGAAGUACGGUAAAGUUAAAGAAGUGAGGAUUCACAUCGUUGAAGCAACUCAAGAAGUCCGAGUCUUCGCGCUAUUCACACUGCCAGAAGAAGCAAACAGAGCUUUGCGCAUAUUACCUCAGCGUAAAUUUAACAAAAAACCUGUACAAUGCGAGCUGUACGACUUGGAAGCAUACUCUAAACUCAGACUCAACUUGUAA